AUGAAGCGGAUAGCCGAGCUGUACGCCUACUCCCUGGACAAAUCCACAGCAGUUUUCAACCUGAGGAAAAAGGAGGAAACUGCCAAGAAGAAAAAGAGCGAAAUGAAUUGGCUGCACAGACUGUGCUCAGAAUAUGAAAAAACAAAAAAGGACACAUUUGAUUAUUUCACCGUUAAAAAAAGCGAAUGGAAAGAUAAACUGAACGACUCGAAAUUCUCUUCCUGCUUCAAGAGCGAGGACUCGAAGUAUGGACACCUCCCCUGGUACAAAAAGUUGUACUACAUAUUAAAAGGACAUGUCUACAGCCUGUUGAACAUUUCUGAUGGGGAAAAAAACGUGGACGGAGAGAGAAGCGACGAGGGAGGAAGAUACAAAGAGGAGGGAACAUACAACGAGGGAGGAACAUACGAAGAGGGAGAGUUCCCUAGCAGAAGACCCCAACCCAGUCAGCAAGAAAAAAUAAUAACCCGAGAGUUCGUUAGCUACGAAAAUUUCGACUACAAACGUGUACAGAAGACAAAGGAUGCCGAUGAUUCGCUGUUUAAUAAGUGUAGGGAAAGGUUCAGAAAGGCAAGGGACACUGAGGCUCAUCUAAGCGAGCGCAGCCAGUCCGAAUUGGUCAAUAGAAGCAUGUCUUCGAAUGGCAGCAUAGCCGUGCGCAGCAAUAGGAGCAUAGUGGAGGACGGCGCGGACCCCGAGCUUCGCGCUGCACAUUCGCUCGCGCGGGAGGCGGGAAGGGGAGAAGUAGAAGCCGAAGCGAGAGCAGACGUUAAAGCUAACGCGAAAGCAGACGCGGACACGGCCAACCAAGUCAUCGACGCGGAAGAAGCGGAGGGCAACAGGAAGAACUUUCUCCACGUGGAGGACUCCCCCAAGUUUAAUAUAAAAAACACGUGGGAGAAACUGAGCGGGUACAUUUCGUAG